UCCGGUGGAGAUCGCUUCAGCUUCUGCUUUGUACUCGCCAAGAUUAGGGAUGCAAAAGCAAUGUACCAUAGCCAAAACUGCCUGUUGCUGUAGCAAAGGCAUGCCGAAAGCUUCUGAGAAUCAAAACAUCAGGUUCUCUCAGAGUACCUAUGCUUAGCAUCUCAUUUCAAGGAGAAUACGCUUCCUAAUGUGCAUGACGCUGAGUCCAUGGCUACAAGAAUAGAUGAUUUGCUUGGGGUGUCUCUAGGACAAGUUUUCUGGAAACCAGAAUCAAGACAAAAAGGAAAACCAGUAGUUCCAGAGAAGGGUGACCAUGAUAAGACAAUAUUGCCAAAGAUGAGGUUUGUGCGAGCAUUUACAAUCAAAGUGAAAAAAAAGAAGAGAGAGAUUAGAGAUCCUGUCCGAGAAUCGAGACGAUGGAUGCUGGGAGAAUGCGACGCUCUUGUUGAUCGUUGGUGGACUCCGAGCUGGAGGAUCUUGCAAUCACAACAGCGUCAGUGCCGAGCCAGGGAGGGGUUCCCCGACGAUGACCCUCCGACGCUCAAGUCGGUCUCCGACGAUGUGUAAAUAAGGAAGCGGAGAAGCAGAGUAAUAGUGUAGCUACAGUAGAAAUUAUACAUAUCUCUUUUGAAGCUUGGUGCUCCUUAUAUAGGGCUACCGGGAGAGCGCGUGCACGCUUUUCGAGGUGUGCACGCUUCUCAACGCUUUCCCUGAAAAGACAUGUCAGGAAAACGUCUCUGACACCAUACCUUAAUGACCCGAGCAUAUCUCUGACUUGAUAGCGGAAGUUUCCGUCGUAUGAUCUUCUACCCGGCCAUGCCGCCAACCAUGCCGUCUGUCGGUAGCACGAGUUCCCACAAGGAUAUUGGCUGAUCCUCCUUUUGUCUGUUAGUGGGCCGAGCGGGAUGACCGCUCGACUAGCUCUCAGCCGUCCGGGUGUCUGACCCUUAGGCCGAAUGGGGUGGCCGCUCGGCCAACAUUCCAUUGUCCGAGCUCCGCUGUUGUGCCGAGAUAUAUCUGAGUGUGACUGCUCGGUUGCGCUCCCGUUUCGCCGGCUCUGAGGUUCGACUUAAGUCUGAGCGAGCCGGCCGCUCGACAUGUGCCUCGCCGACACAUGG